AGUGACUGUGCAUUUUUUGGCCAGUAUCGCCUGAGAAUCUUGGAGUGCAGGUGUGUCCUACUGUGGGAGGGUGGGAGUGCAUUUGGCAGCUCUACAGUCACGGUGCUCAGUGUGAAGAUUUCAGCCUCACAGAGACAUCAUGCUCUCUCUGCUUCACUUCUUCUGCCUUUUUCUACUCUGGGGCACAGGAGUGGGGACCCCCGACACCUCUUUACCCUAUAUGGUGUACCUGGACGGGAACCAGAUGGUUUGCCUUCAUUGGGGCUUUGAUGACUUACAAGGGGACAUUGAAUUCCAACUUACUGUCAACACAACAGGUUGGGUUGGCUUUGGUUUGAGUCCCAAUGGAAAUAUGAUUGCGGCAGAUAUUGUCAUUGGGGGAAUGGGACCCAGUGAACCCUACUUUACAGACCGUCAUGGUAAAGGAAAGUUCAUGCCACUGGUGGAUGAUAAGCAGAGUUACACACUCCUGUCCAUGGAUGAAAAAAACGGUCAAACUAUCAUGAGAUUUCAGAGGCCCAUUGAUACAUGUGACGAUCAAGACUUUCUCAUCAAGGAUGAACCUAUUAAGCUGAUUUAUGCCUACGGAAUAACAGAUACGAUCGAAUAUCACAAAACCCGCAGAGGCACUAAAGAGGUCAACCUGCUAAAUUACAUGCCUAAAACCUUUCCACCAAACUCCAAGUACCUCAUGGCCACAAUGGACAAAAUUACAAUCCCCUCAGUUCACACGUAUUACCACUGCAAGGUCAUGAAGUUCUCAAAGCCUAGCAGGAAACAACAUAUUUACCGGAUUGAACCAGUGAUUGAACACAUAGACAUGGUUCACCACCUGCUUCUGUACAACUGCCCCUCCUUUGUCAACACAACCUAUGACAACAUGUGCUACGUGGGGGACCAAGGAGACACUUGCUUUGGGGUAGUGGGUGGAUGGGCAGUAGGUGGAGGGCCCUUCGAGCUUCCUGAAGAUGCAGGCAUUCCAUUUGGAGAUGAUGACAGAGACAUAUACUUUAAACUGGAAAUCCAUUACAAUAACCCACACCUUGAGACAGGCAGAACAGACAGCUCAGGGCUAAAACUGUACUACACAGACCAACUGCGGCAGCAUGAUGUGGGCGUCUUGAUGACAGGUAUAAUAUCUUCACACAUGCCGUACAUGAUACCGCCAAAGGCUCAGGAGUUCCACACCUAUGGCGUGUGUAACACCUCACUCUUCACUCAGAUGGGGGAUCCUAUACCUGACCUCAACGUUUUUGUCGUCCUGCUGCACACUCAUCUGGCAGGUAGAAAAGUCAGAGUGGCCCAGUACAGGGACGGCAAGCAGAUUGAUUUCUUGGCUGUGGAUGAACACUACAACUUUGAGAUGCAACGUUUUAAGAAUGUCGGUAAAAUCAAGACUAUCAAACAGAACGAUGAGAUUGCGGUGGAGUGUACUUACGACACAAUGGAUCGCACUAACGUGACCAAGAUGGGCUUGGCAACCACAGAUGAGAUGUGCUUGGCCUUUAUAGCAUAUUACCCUGCAAUUAAGUUUAGAACAUGUACUGGCCAACCAAAUACAACAACUUUGUACUCAAGCGACACAAGUCACGAGUUGUUUGAGCCUGACAACAUUGAAAAUUAUGAGCAGGUGCUGAAGAAACUCCCACAAUUACAGAUAGUAACAGACGUUGAGAACAAUUUGGCAUUUUACAGUAAAGGCUUCGUCAGAGAGAUGAAGGAAAGUCACACUCACAAUACUUGUUCGCAGACCAAUGCAUCAAAUAGGCUGUACACCCGCUGGACAAUGAGCCCGGGAGGAUUAAUGCUUUUCCUCCUCUGUAUUGCACUAAUGUAAAAAAUCCCAGGAGCAAGAAGUGGAAUUUUUGUGAUAGACUGAGAUACAAUGGCUCUGGUAUAAUUUAAUUGAGGA